GCCUCUCUCGCUCUCAUGGCGAUCAGCUGCCUCGUGCAGAAAGACCAGCCACUCUGGAACCUCGACCUUGACUUCGAGGAAAGAGUUAACCACCUAGCGGCUCAUCAGUUGUCGGAUAUGACCUUUGGCAACGCACACACCACCGCACUAGCGAUCCAGGCGCUGCAAGCUGCUCAGCGCGUCGUCACGCAAAUAUGGCCGCCGGUGCACGUCGGCAGGACGCAGUUCGAUCGCGUGCACGGCGCCACCAGCGCGCUUUGUGCCAUGGCCGAGAAUGACGGGUCGUACGGGCACAGUGUCUUCACAACGGCCGAGGUGCUGCCGGCGCUACGGUGGCGCACAUACAUCCGCGAUGACGCAUUAUGCAGAGUGACGUCACCAGAACCCAUCAACACAAACGGAAUGUAUAAUGUCUGGCAGACGAACCCUAAGUACAUAACGGUCGACAUGCUCGUCAAGAAUGCGAUAGAUGUCAACACUUACUACAACGAGCGGCUUGAGUCGGUGACGGCCAAUUCUUCUCUUCAUAAAAUACUGACUGAGGUGCAAGAAAUGGACCCGAACUUCUCGUUUGAAACCGAGCAGACGGAGUUAGGUAACAUGCUGACGUCACUGUUCAACGUCGACGCCAGUCUCCGUGACAACAGCUUCUGGGCAGUGUACCGCAGCGCCCCUGGCGGAGACGAAUACGCGGUUCACGUCGGAAUCGAUGAAUUCAUCCCACAAGAUGGCGACACCAUCGUUCUCAAGUACAGACGCGCUGACGGCGAUGCUCAGUUUUGAUUUCUCUACAUUCCCGUCGAUGAGCUAAACACUGAUAUCUCUACGCCAACAUGGAAUAAAUUGCGAUGAUUUUAUCAGAUUAUCCAGGAUUUUAUCCGAUCCAGAAUAUUUCACCCGUUAAGUAAACGAAGAACCGCGCCUUUUACUACGUAGCUGAUUAUUUAGAUUAUAUCUAAAGUAUCAUUUUUUUGUAAUUAGUUAUUACACUAGAUUUUGUCAGAGCAUGUGAUCAAAUAAACCAACUAUAUAUACAAGAUGCCACGGAAAUCAAUAAGGUAAAUUAUAUUCUAUAAUCGUAUUCGUUGAAAACUUGUUUAUAACCUAAUUAUAUUAUUAUUAUUUAGUUAUUUUCACUGUGUUUAAGUUGGAUUUAGAUCUUUCGUAGCAUUGUUGGCUUCACGCGGCAAUCUGGUACUUCUCUCUCAUCGACAGCUCUCCUGGAUGAGUGAAUACCUGCAGGGUUUCACUGUCCGCAUCCGCAGCAUGCUAACACUGCUGUGAGGAUUUAUGAUUACCUAAUAAUAAAUUAGGGAAUAAAAUAAAUAAUAAUUUCGAGGAAAUCAAAUACCGCCUCGCGUAAUCGUUGAUUUACAAUAGCGCUAACGAUGUUCCCUGUGGGAGGAUAGUGUGAGGAACAAUCGCUCAUCUCUACUCCUCUCUAAACCGCAACCGAUCGUGCCCCUGACCCACCUGCACUGACAUUCAAGCUACACUCUACCCCACCCCGCAUGCUAGUUAACCUACGCCCUUCACUGUCCUGGUCGAUUAACCUUGUUUAACUUUAGCAAUAAAGCACAAAGCUUCCUCUGGUUGUCGUCCGCUGUGUAUAUAGCCUAUAGUUCUCAUG